AGGAUACUCCCUCCCCUGUUGCUCCUCUCCGCACGGCUCGCCCAGGCCUUCGCCGUCCCCGGGGCAUCCCCCGAAGAGAAGAACGCGCGAGUCGUUCAGGAUUACCUAGAAAAGUUCUACCAGUUACCUCCGAAAGGAUUCCUGUCUGAGAGGCAGAACAGCUCUAGUGUGAUUGUUGAGAGGCUGAAAGAGAUGCAGCGGUUCUUUGGGUUGAACGAGACGGGGAAGCCAGAUCGCGAGACGCUGGAGAUGAUGCGGAAGCCUCGCUGCGGGGUGCCCGACAGUGGAGACUUCAUGUUAACCCCGGGAAACCCCAAGUGGAAACAAAUGAACCUGACCUACAGGAUUAUUAAGUACACGACACAGUUGUCAAAGGCCGAUGUGGAAGAUGCUAUUAAGAAAGCCUUUCAAGUGUGGAGCAACGUGUCACCCCUGACCUUCACCAAGAUCUCUCAGGGAGAAGCAGACAUUAGGAUCGCCUUUGUCCGAGGAGAUCAUGGCGACAAUUCUCCAUUUGAUGGACCCAAUGGGAUCCUCGCUCAUGCCUUUCAGCCGGGCCGAGGUAUUGGGGGAGACGUUCACUUCGAUGCAGAAGAAACGUGGACGUUAACUUCCAGCAAUUACAAUUUGUUUCUUGUUGCCGCCCAUGAAUUUGGCCACUCCUUGGGGCUUGCUCACUCCACUGACCCCGGUGCCUUGAUGUAUCCCACCUACGCUUUCCAAGACCCCAGCACCUACAACCUCCCUCAAGAUGACAUCAACGGCAUUCAGGCCAUCUAUGGUCCUUCAAACAACCCUGUCCAACCAACCGGACCAAGCACACCCAAAGCCUGUGACCCCAGACUGACGUUUGACGCCAUUGCCACCCUCCGUGGAGAAAUACUGUUCUUUAAAGACAAGUACUUCUGGAGGAGACACCCUCAGCUGAGUAUCGUUGAACUCAAUUUCAUCUCUCUAUUCUGGCCAUCCCUGCCCAGUGGUAUACAGGCGGCCUAUGAGGAUGUGGACAAGGACCUCGUUUUCCUAUUUAAAGGCUGCCGGUACUGGGCUCUGAGGGGCUAUGAUGUUGAGCAAGGUUAUCCCAGGGACAUCUCAGACUACGGCUUCCCAAGCAGUGUCCAAGCGAUUGAUGCAGCUGUUUACUACAGGAGAAAAACCUACUUCUUUGUAAAUGACCAAAUCUGGAGAUAUGAUAACCAAAGACAAUCCAUGGAACCAGGUUAUCCCAAAAGCAUAGCAGGUCUCUUUCCAGGAAUAGAAAGCAAAGUUGAUGCAGUUUUCCAGCAGAAUCAUUUCUUCCUUUUCUUCAGUGGACAAACAUAUUAUGCAUUUGAUCUUAGUGCUCACAGGGUUACUAGGAUUGAUAGAAGCAAUCGAUGGCUCAACUGCAGAUAA